AUGCAGACCUUCCUGAAAGGGAAGAGAGUCGGCUACUGGCUGAGCGAGAAGAAAAUCAAGAAGCUCAAUUUCCAGGCCUUCGCCGAGCUGUGCAGGAAGCGAGGGAUAGAAGUGGUGCAGCUGAACCUCAGCCGGCCGAUCGAGGAGCAGGGCCCUCUGGACGUCAUCAUCCACAAGCUGACCGAUGUCAUCCUGGAGGCCGACCAGAACGACAGCCAGUCCCUGGAGCUGGUGCACAGGUUCCAGGAAUACAUCGACGCCCACCCCGAGACCAUUGUCCUGGACCCCCUUCCUGCCAUCAGGACGCUGCUCGACCGCUCCAAGUCCUACGAGCUCAUCCGGAAGAUCGAGGCCUACAUGAAAGACGACAGGAUCUGCUCGCCGCCCUUCAUGGAGCUCACGGGCCUGUGCGGGGACGACACCAUGCGGCUCCUGGAGAAGAACGGCCUGACCUUCCCCUUCAUUUGCAAAACCAGAGUGGCUCACGGCACCAACUCCCACGAGAUGGCCAUCGUGUUCAACCAGGAGGGCCUGAGCGCCGUGCAGCCGCCCUGCGUGGUCCAGAACUUCAUCAACCACAACGCCGUGCUCUACAAGGUGUUCGUGGUCGGCGAGUCCUACACGGUGGUGCAGCGGCCCUCGCUCAAGAACUUCUCGGCCGGCACGUCAGACCGAAAGUCCAUCUUCUUCAACAGCCACAACGUGUCUAAGCCGGAGUCGUCGUCGGUCCUGACGGAGCUGGACAAGAUCGAGGGCGUGUUCGAGCGGCCGAGUGACGAGGUCAUCCGCGAGCUGUCCCGGGCCCUGCGGCAGGCGCUGGGCGUGUCUCUCUUCGGGAUCGACAUCAUCAUCAACAACCAGACCGGGCAGCACGCGGUCAUCGACAUCAACGCCUUCCCAGGCUACGAGGGCGUGAGCGAGUUCUUCACGGACCUCCUGAACCACAUCGCCACCGUCCUGCAGGGCCCGAGCGCGGCCCCCGCGGCCGCCGGGGCCUCGGCGCCGCUGCGGCACAGCCGGCUGCUGGCGGAGCAGGCGGACAGCCUGGCGGGCGAGCGGACGUGCAGCGCCGGCCCCGGCUGCUGCGGCAGCAUGAUGGGCCCGGACCCGCCCUGGGCCGCCGAGGACGGCGCGGGCGGCGCCGCCAAGCUGCCGCACCAGAGGCGGGGCUGCACUGCCGCCGUGUCGCCCGGCUUCCAGCAGCACUGCGUGGCCUCCCUGGCCACCAAGGCCUCCUCCCAGUAG